AUGAAGUUGCCGGCGGGUGGUGACUCCGAGCACCAUUGGGCGAAAGCAGACUCAAUGAGCGGUUGGGGGGCGAAGGUUGCAUUGACUAUCCCCUCGCCCGACGGUGAAAUGAUAUUCCACCGUAUAGACGGAAAGCAAGCAACUGGCAUACCUGAGACUGCCUCUACAGAAGCCAACGUAGCACAGCAGCGGCAGCAAGACCAGGAGCAACCAAGGCUGCCAAGGAGGCCUUCCGAGAACAUUGCUGCCGAUGAUGUCGGGCAUCAAGAUUGGGAUAGCAACGAACGCCCGUCUUGGCCGCAAAUACGACAAGGAGUAGAUGGUGCCACCCGCCCUACGCACAUCUCAAACCACCUGUUGAAAGACAGUGAAAAGGCAGAUCAGCUGGGGGAUCUUGAUAUUGCGAACUGUGCAUCUGUCCAUCCGUCUCUGUCAGCCCGCACCGCCCCCUGA